AUGACAGUGCCCAGUGCAGAUAAUCCCUUGAACGACCCGAACAUUUAUCUCACCACCUCCAUGGACUGCACGGCGAAAGUGUGGUCAAGAUUGGAGAGUCAUCCAUUGGUUUCAUUUGAGGAUCGUAACGAUUACCUCCUCCACUGUGAUUGGUCGCCUUCACAUCCCGCCCUCUUUGCCACGGUUGCUAUGAGUGGUCAUUUGGACAUUUGGAAUUUGAAUAUAAAUAGUGAGGUUAGUGUUACUGUAGGCUUUGCAAGAGGUCUGAUCAGAUUUUUCUUAAAAAAAUUCUUCCGCCUGAUGUUUCUUUGCCUUACUUUGAGGAUCUGGCUUAGUGCUCUCUAUGAUAACUUUUAUAAUUCGCUAAGUGAGAAUUGA